AUGGCGCGGUGGACGCGCGCGAGGGCGACGCGGGCGCGGGCGAUUGGUUUGGCGAUCGCGAUCGUCGUCGCGGCGGCGCGGUGCGUCGCGCGCGGAGACGCGGCGCGCGAUCUGAGCGAUGGAAAUCGCGGGCGCGACGCGCGAGCGCCGCGCGCGCACGCGCGAGCGCUGCGGGCGAGAGCGCCCGCGGGGGCGUCGACGGCGACGCACCGCGAACACCUGAGCACGGGGAUAUCGAAGGAACUGGUCGACCGCGUCGCCGUCGACGGGGCGGUGAUCGUGACGUGGGCGAACAUGCACUACUACGAUUUCGCGCUGAAUUUUUUGAGCCACCUGGACGCGCUGGAGGUGACGAAUUACUUGAUCGGGGCGAUGGACGAGGAGCUGUACGCGGCGCUGCGGAAAAUCGGCGUCAACACGUGGCUGAUGGGGUCGAAAUCGAUCGACGCGGACGCGGUGAAGAAGGAUUUUGGGUGGGGGUCGAAGAAUUUUCAUAAGAUGGGACGGGAUAAGAUACGUUUGAUUCAUGAUUUCACGAAGACUGGGGUGGACGUGUUGAUUUCGGACAUCGACGUCGCGUGGUUGAGAAAUCCGAUUCCAUUCUUUCGACGAUAUCCCAAGGCGGACAUCCUGGUGAGCACGGAUAACUUGCAAAAUAGAACGCAUCAGGAUGCGAGGCAAAUAUCGCACAUGGUCGACGGUGAAGGGUUGGAGUCGACGCCGUGCGCGGGGACGGUAAACAUCGGGAUGAUGUGGUUUCGGGCGACGGAGGCGAGUCAGCAACUCACGGGCGAAUGGGUGCGUAAUCUCGAGAAAGAUGAAAAGAUUUGGGAUCAGGCGGAAUUUAAUACUUUGGUUCAGCGUGGUGGGUGCGGUACGCCGUCACCGGAUGGGUCCGGCGUCGGCUCGGCGUACGAGGGUAAAGUACAAAUGGGCACGCUUCCCGUGGCGUUGUUCAACAACGGGCACACGUACUUUACGCAACGCCUUCCGGAACUCAUCAACGUGAACCCGUACGCUAUGCACGCGACUUUCCAGUACGAUGGUACCCCAGGUAAGCGGAAUCGCAUGCGAGAGGCGAAUCAGUGGCUCGGAGAUCGCGAUGAUCCGUCGUAUUUCGAUCAAAAGUUCCUCUCGUACACGCCUCGCGUGCUCUCCGACACGUUGAAACAGGGUGAACACGUAGUUUUGGAGCACAUGCGACUGGUGCAACACCAAAUUGCGCAGCUUUACGAAGCCGUGGCGAUCGCCAAAAAUCUGGGGAGAGUGGUGAUUUUGCCGCCAUUCUUUUGCGGGUUGGAUCGCGUUUGGUUUCCCCACGCCGGUCGCUUCCCGGGUUCCAUGCUCGGCUUGCCAUUCAUUUGCCCUGGUGAUCACGUUAUGGGGAUGGAGAGUUAUGGCGGCGAUUUCAUGAAAGAGUACCGUGAGUACGCCUUCUUGGGUCAUCCACACAUGCCU